UCUUCGCGUGCAGGGACGCCGACGGCGUUCACGAAAGCCUGCCCGCAGCAAGCAACGCGAUGACCUUCAGCACAUGGCUUGAUGGGGUCGUAGGAGGAGGAAUUGUGGAAACAAUCACUUAUCAGGUCUACGAUCGGGCCUCCGGGACCUACGUGACACGCUCCUCCCAGAAUCCCAACACAUUGCUGGAUGAUUUCGCCGGUGUGGUCUGUACCGGAGCAGCUGCCGCCUUGUGCUGGGCAGCGUGGAGGUACUACCAACGGACCGUGUCUAUAGGCAAGUACGGCCGGGACAUGACGGCUUUGGCCGGAAAGGCCGACCCGGUGAUCGGCCGCGACGACGAGAUUGAUCGUGUUAUCUGCAUCCUCAGCCGCCGGACCAAGAACUGUGCCGUGCUAGUUGGCGCCGCAGGGGUCGGCAAGACGGCCAUCGUCGAGGGCCUCGCCCAACGCAUUGCCGCUGGGACAGUCCCUGCCGCCCUCGCUGGAGCACGCAUCGUGGAAGUUGAUCUCGGGGCCAUGGUGGCCGGGACUAUUUUCCGUGGCAUGUUUGAGCAGCGCAUCAAGAACGUGAUCAAUCAGGCGGAGGAUGCGGACGGCAAGGUAAUUCUCUUCAUCGAUGAGAUGCACAUGCUUCUUGGCGCCGGAGCUGGCCUGGAGAACCGCACAACCGACGCCUCCAACAUGCUGAAGCCGGCGUUGGCCCGUGGUCGUAUCCGCUGCGUGGCCGCGACGACUUUGGAUGAGUACAACAAGUACGUUGAGAAGGAUGCCGCAUUGGAGCGGCGGUUCCAAAAGGUGCAUGUCGAGGAACCGAGCACGCAGUCCACCAUUGCCAUUCUGCGAGGGCUGAAGGAAAGGUACGAGCAGCACCAUGGCUUGGAAAUCCAGGAUGCUGCUCUUGUUGCUGCCACAACACUUGCUGCCCGCUAUAUCACCGGUCGUCAAUUUCCUGAUAAGGCAAUUGAUCUGAUUGAUGAGGCGUGCGCCACUGCAGCCAAAAAUAUGAUGCAAAAUGACAAACAAGCACAGCAAUUUAGCAUUGCACUAACUGCCUCUGCAGUGAAGGAAGCAAUUGUUGGCCCAGAUCAAGUUGCACAAGUUGUGAGCCGAUGGACUGGGAUUCCUAUCACCACGCUUAAUCAAGGGGAGAAGGAUAAGUUGAUCCACCUAGCAGCUAGAUUGCAUGAACGAGUGGUUGGCCAGGAUGAAGCGGUCAAUAAGGUUGCACGAGCAGUGUUGCGCUCAAGAACUGACCUUGAUCAACCUGGCCAACCGAUAGGCUCUUUUCUCUUUUUGGGCUCGACUGGUGUUGGAAAGACGGAGCUUGCAAAAGCUCUUGCCGAGCAGCUAUUUGACAGUGAGAAGAUGUUGGUUCGCAUUGACAUGUCCGAAUAUGUUGGGGCUGGGUCUGUGUGGCGUCUUAUUGGAGCACCUCCAGGCUACUAUGAACAUCAAGAUGGUGGACAACUGACUGAGAAGGUGCGGAGGCGCCCAUACAGUGUCAUCCUAUUCGAUGAGGUGGAGAAGGCAGACCCCUUGGUGUUGAAUGUUUUUCUUCAGCUCCUUGAUGAUGGUCUGUUGACUGAUGGCAAAGGACGGAUUGUGGACUUCAAGAAUACAAUUAUCAUCAUGACCUCAAAUGUGGGGUCAGAGCACCUAAUGGCAGGAAUGUCUGGGGAAACCACAAUGGAAACUGCACGGAGCCUUCUCAUGAAACAGGUUCAGAAACACUACAGGCCCGAGCUUCUCAACAGACUCGGUGCCAUUAUUGUCUUUGAGCCGCUUUCGCGAGAGAAACUAAAGGACAUUGUGGCAAUCCAAAUGAAGAGUGUUGUCGCCAGAGUAGCUGACAAGGGCAUCUCUCUAUGUGCUAGUGAUGCCGCAUUGGAUGUUAUUUUGUCGGAAUCAUACGAUCCAAUGUACGGUGCAAGGCCCAUAAGGAGGUGGGUGCAAGAGAAUGUGAUGACAACGAUCUCGGAGAUGCUGGUCAAUGAUGAGGCUGGUGCAGGCUCAACAAUCUCCAUUGAUGCCACAGACGACAAGAAGGGGUUGAAGUACGAAGUGGUGAAGGGAGUGGCAGAUCCAGCAGUGAGACUUCCCAAUGAAUCCGGUGAUGACAGUGAUACGGAUGGCAACAUGCCUGCAAAACCACCUUGUGUCACUUUUGGGGCUGAGGGGAACUUCUACUUGCCGAUCAAGGCUCUGUUAGCAAGGAUUGCGUGACUGCACUUAUGCCCAUGUGUAAAAUAUAAUAUCCCCCAUCGUGAUCGACAGUCUGCUAGCUGACCUGUUACACGCCACGGGCUGAAGGGUAGGAGAGGCCUAGUGCUACACUACAUGAUUGUGAUUGUGGUGUUUAGUGUAUAGAUCUGUUAUGACCGGUACAACGUA